GGGCCAACAUUUCAGUCAGUUGUGCAAUAUCGGCGCGUAGAUCACAUAAAAGCACCCUGCGCAUGUAAACAUUUCAGAACGAAUCUCUGGACACCUAUCUAGAACCGUUCGUUUGGAAUUCGUCAUGAAGGUCACCAAGAUGAAUGACGCUGCAGAUGAAAUCUUUGAGCAGGCUUGCAGUGGAGCCUCCAAGACCUACCCCAAGCAGUGCUCAGCCCUCAAGAAAGGUGGCCAUGUUCUCCUCAAGCAGAGACCGUGCAAGAUUGUUGAAAUGUCCACCUCCAAGACUGGCAAACAUGGACAUGCUAAGGUUCACCUGGUGGGAUUGGACAUCUUCACUGGGAAAAAGUAUGAGGAUGUAUGUCCUUCGACACACAACAUGAUUGUGCCGACUAUAUCCAGACUGGAUUACCAGUGCAUAGGGGUAGAUGAGGGAUAUCUUUCCCUGCUUGAUGAUAAGGGCCUCACAAGGAAUGAUCUUCGUCUCCCAGAUAAUGACAUGGGACAAGAUAUUCAGAGAAAAGCUGAGUGUGGAGAUGACUUUGUGGUGACGGUUCAAACGGCGAUGGAUGAUGAAAUAGUCGUUGCAAUGAAAUCGAUGAAGGCCAUUGACUAACUAGAAACAAGGCCAUGACAUGAAUGGUAUCCUGUGUGAACUGUGAGAAAUCGGAGUACUUCAGUAUCAUUCUGGACACCCCUAGAUUCUAAAUGUUACCAUCUAGAGGGAGCCUGCAUUUCUCCCUUUACUAUCAAUGUGUAAAUUACUGGUCAACCAUGAGGAAGGGGCAGUUAUUGGCGUCUGCAGCAUUAUUACUGUACUGAAGUGAUGAAAUUGUGACUGUUAUAUCUCUUUGUUUUCACUUUUCAUCCUCAAAGCCUGGUAAGGACAUAUUCUAAUUUAUGUCGGGAAUCGACCAAAGCUUUAAUAUAGUUCUGUGUUACGAAUGUUUCAUCAUUUUUAAGCUUCUUUUGUUUCUAUUGUUUUUCUCAUCUGACUCGUGUAAUAAAAUUCUGUAUUCAAACUUGUGAGGAAGCUAAUAAAUCCGUGGUUGGAUUGAACACAU